ACAUCGACGAGUGCGCCCGAGACCUUGACCUCUGCCAGCCGCACGGGGUAUGCGAGAACACCGAGGGCUCCUUCGUGUGCGUGUGCGACGAGGGAUUCACGCUCGCCAAAGACCAGCAGAGUUGCGAAGAGCUUCCCCACCAUAAAAAGGAGUGUUACCUGAACUUUGAUGACAGCGUGUUUUGCGAUAGUGUGCUGGCCACCAACGUCUCUCGCCAGGAAUGCUGCUGCUCGCUCGGGGCCGGCUGGGGGGAUCACUGCGAGAUCUAUCCAUGCCCCGUUCUCAACUCGAUUGAGUUCCACACUCUGUGCCCAGACGGCAAAGGGUUCAUCCUGGAUGAGACCAUCCUGAACUACGGCAUUCCAACGCAUCGAGACAUCGACGAGUGCUCCCUGUUUGGUGAAGAGAUCUGCAAGGAAGGGAAAUGCGUGAACACCCAGCCAGGUUACGAGUGUUACUGCAAGCAGGGUUUCUACUACGACGCCAACCUUCUGGAGUGUGUUGAUGUGGAUGAGUGUUUGGAUGAGUCCAACUGUGUGAACGGACGCUGCGAAAACACUCGGGGCGGUUUCCACUGUGCCUGCCCAGCCUCCACCACCUACGACGGGGCCCAGAAGAAGUGCAUCCCCACCAGCAAAAUCGACAAAGUGACCGAUCGGCGGGACGUCUGCUGGCAACUCCGGGGCGAAGACGGGAUGUGUUCGUCGCCUUUCGGUGGCCAACAGUUGACAUACGAGGAAUGCUGCUGCCGCCAUGGCAAAGGGUGGGGUAACCAGUGCCACGCCUGCCCGCCACGCAGCCCAGGGUCCAACUGCCAAUCUGCUCCAAGCGAAAGCAAUUCCUUCUGGGACUUCAGCACCUCGUUCGGGGCGGUGCAUAAAGAGGCUGACAGUUCAGAAGAGGACUCGGACGAAUGCCGCUGCCUGAAUGGGCGCUGCGUCCGCACCCAGCAGGGCUCUGUGUGCGAAUGUCCCACCGGCUUCCAGCUGGACAGCACUCGCACCCGCUGCCUAG